GGACCAUAUUGAUUCUAGAAAGAUACUUACAAUGGCUGCAUCGUUAGCCUCUCUUUCCUCCUUAGCUAAAGCCGGAGCACCACGGUCACUGUUCAACCGCCAUGGCAGCCACCGCCUUCCUCCUCCACAAAUCAUACCUCUUGCUUCCUCUGUACGCAAUCUUCUCUUUUACUAAUUAUCUCGUCUUAACCAAUUUCAGUCAGAAUUUGAACCACUUAAAGUCUAUAGCAUUGAUAAGCGAAAUGUUGAUAAGAUCAUGUUUUGUCAGAUCAAGAAACAUAUCACGACGAGCUUCUAUAGGAGAGGAAGUUCUCUGAAGAACAUUUAUGCCCUCGAGACCUCUGACGGCGCCAUUAACGUGGAGGUCGAUGAUGAUGAGGAAGAAGAAGCGUGUGAGCUUGUUAACGGAACAGAAGUGUCCGUUGACGGUGUUGAAGGUUAUCUUUUAACGGCGGUGAAGAACAAUAACGGAACUGGAUUGCUUCUACUCUCUGAUGUCUUUGGCUUUCAAGAUUCAGCUACACGCGAUUUCGCUUACCGUGUGGCUUGCAAUGGCUAUAACGUUCUUGUCCCGGACUUGUUUCGUGGAGAUCCAUGGUCGAAAAACCGACCAAAGUCCGAAUACGAGGAAUGGAGAAGAGGACAUGACCCUAACCGUAUCAGACAAGACACUACUACCUUCACAAAAUGGAUGGUUGAGGAAUUUGCAGCGGCUGGAAUCUCCAAGAAGCUAGGAGUGAUGGGGUUCUGUUUUGGCGGUGGACGUGUGGUUGACGUGUUAGCCACGGAUGAGAGCGGUUACUUUAGCACCGGUGUCUCGUUCUACGGUACGAGAAUAGACUCGGCGGUGGCGGGAGAUGUGAAAGUGCCAGUCUUGUUUAUUGCUGGAGAUAGAGACCCGCUUUGUGAAGUGAAGGGUUUGUAUGAAAUUGAGGAGAAGAUUGGUGAAGGUUCAAAGGUUGUUGUGUAUGAAGGAAGAGGUCACGGCUUUGUUCACCGGCCCGAGACACCCGAAGAUGAUCGAGACGCUGAGGAAGCGUUUGCUCUCAUGAGAAAUUGGUUACAUCAUCAUUUGAUUUGAAGCCAAUUGUUUUUCUCUACUCUUUGUACAUCCAAGUUAAAAUAAAACUCGGAUUCUAGUAAAUAUCCAAAUAAAUGUUACUUAAUAAUAUAACUAAUGAAGAGGAAUGUCGAGAAAACCAUAUAAAAGUUCAAUCUCUAAUCAAAUCAUGUUUUCCUUCACGUAAACUAAAAUGCUAUGCUAAUGUUUCAUGGUUUGUUGAAU